GGUCAGAAGUACAGUAGGUAUUGCAAUGCAUGGUACUGUAAUAAGGGGCGGAUACUGACGAAGACACCACUUCCUCAUUCAAGUCACAUCACUCUAUCCUCCUGUAUCUCUUACUUAAGAAGUCUCCAGCAAGUGAGGAUGAUGUUAAAACAAGUGUUUGGAGUGACCACCACGAGGAGUUUACAAUGGUUGCUGACUCCUGUUGCCUCCUCUAAAACUAUCAACUCUUUUAGCAGCACUACUACUGACAGUCAGCAACCCAGCACUAUUAGCACUCAAAAGUCAUCGGCUGGGCAUCCUGCUACCAACAGUGUGCGUGAUACGGAUACUGCUGGUAUAUCAAGUACUUUAAGUUCACAAGGAUACAGCAGUAGCAGCAGUUCAAGUUCAGAUGAAUACAGCAAUGGCAAUUCAAGUUCAGAUGAAAACAGCAAGAAUGAGAAUAGUAGAUCAAAAUCUACAUAUAUUGAAGAAGAGGUAGCAAAGUUUAGAGCAAUGGCAGACUCUUGGUGGGACCUACAAGGGGAUUGUAAACCUUUACAUUCUCUCAAUAGAUUAAGGGUUUCCUUGAUUCGAGAGGGCUUGGUGCAGUCACGAAUUACUAAGCAGGAAUACAUCGAUGGCCCUAGACCAUUAACAGGACUGAAGAUUCUUGAUGUAGGAUGUGGAGGAGGCAUUUUGUGUGAGCCCCUAGCAAGGUUGGGAGCAAGAGUUGUUGGUCUGGAUGCUGCAAAGGAGAAUAUUUCUGUUGCCAGACUGCAUGCUGACAAAGACCCAAGAGUUAGCCAAAAUAUUGAGUAUAUAUAUGGUACAAUUGAAGAGCAUGCAGAGAACAUUGAUGACAAGUAUGAUGCAGUGGUUGCAUCAGAAGUCCUGGAACAUGUUGAUGCCAUUGAUCUUUUCAUUAACACAUGUGCAGACACUAUCAAGCCAGGCGGUUCUAUCUUUCUGACUACCAUUAACAAGACAACAUUUUCGUGGGUAGGAGCCAUUGUCAUUGCUGAGUAUAUGCUUCAUCUCCUCCCUACUGGCACCCAUGACUGGAACAAAUUUGUUACUCGACAAGACCUUCUCUUUCUGCUAGAAAAAAGUGGGUUUGUGACACGAAUGGUGCAUGGAAUGGCAUACAAUCCAUUGGUCAACAAGUGGUCUUGGCUGUCAAAUACAUUAAUCAAUUAUGCUGUACAUGCAGUAAAAGAAAGUGACAGAGGUUUAUAAUGCAAUAAGUCAUUAAGGUUGUGUAUAUAUAUAUAUAUAUAUAUAUAUAUAUAUAUAUA